AUGGAACACGAAAUAGACGGCUGGAUCGCACAAUUGAGCCAGUGCAAGCAGCUCUCGGAAGCAGAUGUAAAAAGACUAUGCGACAAAACACGGGAGAUUUUGAUGGAGGAGUCGAACGUUCAGCCUGUGAGGUGUCCGGUGACCGUUUGUGGAGAUAUUCAUGGGCAGUUCCAUGAUCUCUCUGAGUUGUUUCGCAUUGGGGGCAAUUCGCCAGAUACGAACUAUCUCUUCAUGGGUGACUAUGUCGACAGAGGUUAUUAUUCUGUUGAAACUGUGACAUUGCUUGUCGCCCUCAAGCUUCGGUACCGCGAUCGCGUAACCAUCUUGCGUGGAAACCACGAGUCCAGACAAAUUACGCAGGUGUAUGGAUUCUAUGACGAGUGCUUGCGGAAAUACGGCAAUGCGAAUGUGUGGCGCUUCUUCACAGACCUCUUUGACUAUUUGCCCCUUACCGCUCUGAUCGAAAAUCAGAUUUUCUGUCUUCAUGGAGGUCUCUCGCCGUCCAUCGAUACGCUUGACCACGUCCGUGGUAUCGACCGCGUACAGGAAGUCCCUCACGAGGGUCCUAUGUGCGACUUGCUCUGGUCAGACCCUGACGAUCGAUGUGGAUGGGGCAUUUCACCCCGGGGUGCUGGAUACACAUUCGGGCAAGAUAUUAGCGAGGCAUUCAACCAUAACAAUGGUCUAACCUUGGUUGCGCGGGCGCAUCAGUUGAUCAUGGAAGGGUAUAAUUGGAGCCAGGAUCGGAAUGUGGUCACUAUAUUCUCUGCACCAAACUACUGCUAUCGCUGCGGCAAUCAAGCAGCCAUAAUGGAGAUGGACGAAAAAUUAUCGUAUAGCUUCCUGCAAUUCGAUCCCGCGCCGCGUGUGGGAGAACCUCUCGUGUCAAGGCGUGUACCGGACUAUUUCUUGAACGCGUCCUCGAGCGACAAUUCAGCGAUGGCGGAACCACAAGCAAUGUAUGCGACCGACGAGUACGGUCGUCCCUUCAUCAUCCUCCGGGAGCAGGCUAAGAAGACUCGCAGUCACGGUGUGGAAGCAAUCAAGUCACAUAUUCUUGCGGCGCGUACCGUCGCGAACAUCAUCCGAACAUCGCUAGGCCCCCGAGGACUCGACAAGAUCCUCAUUUCACCUGAUGGGGACAUCACCGUGACAAACGAUGGAGCAACUAUCCUUAGUCAGAUGGAGGUCGAGCAUCAAAUAGCGAAGCUGCUGGUGCAACUGUCGAAAAGUCAGGACGAUGAGAUCGGUGAUGGCACGACUGGUGUGGUUGUGCUUGCUGGUGCUCUGCUUGAGCAAAGUGAAGCAUUGCUGGACCGAGGCAUCCACCCCAUCCGAAUAGCAGAUGGUUUCGAACGAGCAUGCUCAGUAGCAGUGGAACACCUAGAUAGGAUAUCUGAUAGAGUGGAAUUCUCCCUCUCGGACACUUCGAACCUCAUCAAGACUGCCAAGACCAGUCUCGGGAGCAAAAUUGUCUCAAAAGAGCAUGAAAAGUUUGCCGAGAUCGCGGUAGAUGCUGUCUUGUCGGUGACUGAUUUUGAGCGCAAAGAUGUUCCUUUUGACAUGAUCAAGGUUGAUGGAAAGGUCGGUGGUUCGCUCGCGGACACGGCACUCAUCAAGGGCGUCCUUGUGGACAAGGAUAUGUCCCACCCACAAAUGCCUUCUGUCGUGCGGGACGCAAAACUUGCCAUUCUCACCUGCCCGUUCGAACCCCCACGUCCAAAGACAAAGCAUAAACUGGACAUUACGAGCGUUGAAGAGUAUCGGCGGCUGCGUGAGUAUGAGCACGACAAAUUCCAGAGCAUGAUAAAAAUGGUGAAGGACACUGGUGCCAACCUCGUGAUUUGCCAGUGGGGUUUCGAUGACGAGGCAAAUCAUCUACUCAUGCAAAAUGACCUUCCCGCCGUGCGAUGGGUAGGGGGUCCAGAGAUCGAGCUCAUUGCAAUCGCCACAAAUGGGCGCAUUGUCCCCCGAUUUGAGGAUCUUAGUCCGGAGAAAUUGGGUAAAGCUGGACUCGUCCGCGAAGUCACCUUCGGCACGACCCGCGACAAAAUGCUCGUUAUCGAGGAAUGUGCAAACGCACGAACAGUGACCGUGUUCGUGAGAGGCAGCAAUAAGAUGAUUGUGGAUGAAGCCAAGCGUGCUUUACACGACGCACUGUGUGCUGUUCGUAAUCUCGUCGUUGACAACCGCGUAGUCUAUGGUGGCGGUGCCGCAGAUAUUAGCUGUUCUUUGGCUGUUGCAAAAGCCGCAGAUGAGAUUCCGUCAAUAGAGCAAUAUGCCAUGCGUGCAUUUGCUUCCGCAUUGGAUGCUGUUCCCCUUGCUUUGGCAGAGAACAGCGGGCUGUCUCCCAUUGAGACGCUCGCGGAGGUGAAAAGCCGACAAGUGAAGGAAGGUCAUUCAACACUCGGCAUUGAUUGUCUUGGCAGAGGCGAUAAUGACAUGAAGGAGCAAUUUGUGUAUGACCCAUUAAUUUCGAAACGGCAGCAAUAUUUGCUCGCGACACAGCUUGUCCGAGCUGUGCUGAAAAUUGAUGAUGUCAUUACUGCUGGGGAAGCAGAAGAAUAG